ACAAUUCAUAUUUUCACGUAUUAUUAUAUAAAGCAAAUUAAGCCACCAAAGACAUAAAAUUCUCUCUUUCACUCUCUCACUCUCUCUCUUUCUCCCAUUAGAAUUAUAUAUCUCCUUCCCUUUUAUGCUUUAAGUUUGAGCUACGUUUCUUCUCAAAGAUGGGUUUCUCGGACGCCGGAAUUUACAUCUCCGACCAAAACAAUCUCUGCGAAACGGAACUAGGGUUCUUUCAUGAACCCUCUCUAGGGGUUUCAGACCGGAGCGUUCACACACCUCCACAACAAGAGUCUCACAUCAUUCCUCCUACAUAUCAAGAAUUACAAGACCAAGAUCAAGAUCUUGAAACUAAAUCCCAAAACACAAGUAAUUGCUCAUGUAAAGAAGGAGCAAACUUCAAGAGAGAAGAAGAAUAUUAUUGCAAGACUCCGACACGUUCCGACCAGAUUCUCCCGGCAAUACCAAGAAUUUGUCCACCGGCGCCGAGGAAACCUAAAAGAGCCCCGUCGAGAAGCCUUAAGGUUAGAAAUUCAUAUAGAAGCAAGAGAAUGAUCAUUCUAAAUGUUUCUAGAGAGAUUGAUUGUUUGUUUAAUCCAACAUCUCUAUGUAACAAAGUUAAGAAAGCCAGAUACAUUUGAUUUUCAUAUGUAUGUAUAACGUAGCUACCUAAUAACCAAAUUGUAAUACACUACGAGUUUACAUAAUGUAGUAAUGAGAAACUAUCUAUUUCACUUUUGUUUAUUUUAACUUCCUUUU